ACUGCGGCUGGGCACCGGCUCGGCUCCCGCGUCGGCCCUGCGCUUCAGGCUUGCGCCCGGCCCGGCCUCGGCCCCGCUCGGCCCGACUCGGCCCGGCCCUGGCCUCAGAGCGAAGGCGCCGCUGCCGCUGGGCCUCUCCCAGGGCCAUGAGGAGGCGGCGGCAGCCCCUGCGGCCCGCGUCAAGGUGACCGGCCGGGACUGCGGCGGUGGCGAGAGCGGCGGACCCCUCAAGCAGGUUAUGUCACCGGCAGAGGCUGCGCCGACGCUCCCUGCGGCCUGGAGACUAUGUACAAGAAGAAUGGUCUGAUGGCUAGCGUGUUGGUCACCUCCGCCGCUCCACAGGGCAGCAGCUCAGACUCUCUGGAGGGCCAGAGCUGCGACUAUGCCAGCAAGAGCUACGACGCCGUCAUCUUCGAUGUUUUGAAAGUGACUCCCGAGGAGUUUGCCAGCCAGAUCACAUUGAUGGACAUCCCUGUGUUUAAGGCCAUCCAGCCAGAGGAAUUAGCCAGCUGUGGAUGGAGUAAGAAGGAGAAACAUAGUCUCGCCCCUAACGUCGUGGCCUUUACCCGGAGGUUUAACCAGGUCAGUUUUUGGGUCGUACGAGAAAUUCUAACAGCACAGACUUUAAAAAUAAGGGCAGAAAUCCUGAGCCAUUUUGUGAAAAUAGCCAAGAAACUUCUAGAACUCAACAACCUUCAUUCUCUCAUGUCUGUGGUAUCAGCAUUACAAAGUGCUCCCAUCUUCAGGCUGACAAAAACCUGGGCUCUUUUGAAUCGCAAAGACAAGACCACUUUUGAGAAAUUGGAUUAUCUGAUGUCCAAAGAAGACAAUUACAAGCGGACUCGGGAUUAUAUCCGAAGCCUGAAGAUGGUGCCCAGCAUUCCCUAUCUAGGGAUCUACCUUCUGGAUUUGAUCUACAUCGAUUCUGCAUACCCUGCCUCCGGCAGCAUCAUGGAAAACGAGCAACGGUCCAACCAAAUGAACAAUAUUCUCCGAAUCAUUGCGGAUUUACAAGUUUCCUGCAGCUACGAUCACCUCACCACCCUGCCCCAUGUACAGAAGUACCUGAAGUCUGUUCGCUACAUUGAGGAGCUCCAGAAGUUUGUGGAAGAUGACAACUACAAGCUCUCACUCCGAAUCGAACCAGGAAGCAGCUCUCCGAGACUAGUCUCUUCCAAGGAAGACCUUGCAGGCCCCUCCGCUGGUUCCAGCUCAGCCAGGUUCCGCCGGAGGCCCACCUGUCCUGAUGCAUCUGUGGCCGGCAGCCUUCCCACACCACCAGUCCCCAGACAUAGGAAGAGCCACAGCCUGGGCAACAAUAUGAUGUGUCAGUUGAGUGUAGUUGAGAGUAAAAGUGCGACAUUCCCAUCGGAGAAAGCCAGGCACCUUCUGGAUGACAGUGUCCUAGAGUCCCGCAGCCCCCGCAGGGGCCUCACCCUCACCUCCUCCACCGCCAUCACCAAUGGACUCUCCCUAGGCAGUAGUGAGAGCUCAGAGUUUAGUGAAGAGAUGUCUGCAGGGCUGGAAAGCAGGGGACGUCUCUACGCCACACUGGGGCCCAACUGGAGGGUUCCAGUUCGGAAUUCUCCCAGAACCAGGAGCUGCGUCUACAGUCCCACAAGCCCUUGCACCUGUACUGUGGGGAGCUCAGUCGCUGUGCCCACUAUGGAGGGGCCUCUGAGAAGGAAAACCCUGCUCAAGGAAGGCCGGAAGCCUGCGCUGUCGUCGUGGACCAGGUACUGGGUUGUACUCUCAGGAUCCACCCUCCUGUACUAUGGAGCCAAGUCCUUGCGGGGCACAGACAGAAAACAUUACAAGUCCACACCUGGCAAGAAGGUCUCCAUCACGGGCUGGAUGGUACAGCUGCCUGACGACCCCGAGCACCCGGAUAUCUUCCAGCUGAAUAAUCCUGACAAAGGCAAUGUUUACAAGUUCCAGACUGGUUCUCGGUUUCAUGCAAUACUAUGGCACAAGCAUUUGGAUGAUGCAUGUAAAAGCAACAGGCCUCAGGUACCUGCAAACCUUAUGUCAUUUGAAUAAGUCUCUGCAGGACUUGGAGUGACUACAAAGGCUUCUGGGAGCCUGGACUGGGCCUGGUGGAGAAGAGCCGUCCUGGGCACAGGCUGUGGGCCAGGGCACUAGGAGCCUCCCAGCUGGACUCCAGGGAUGUGGCCCAUGGCUUUACAGUCCAGAGGGUUCCCCCAGUGUGGGAUCCACCUGUCAACCUACAGCAACUCUCAUGACUCAUCCCACAGCACCACCUCACAGGUGGUGGUUGGACCCCAAACUGCACACCCUGCGCCCCCUCUCUGGACCAUUGUCUGUCCACCAGCUGCUUCUGCAUCUACGGAGCAUUCAACCCAUGUUGGGUUCUUCGUGCUUUCCGCUGUACACAGAGUGGAUGGUGUUAACCUUCAAGAGGGCCGGAGAGCAGAGACAGGCUGCAGGAUAGGCUUGUUACACCCCAAGUGCACAGGCCGCUCGCCCACAGGGCUGCCUCAGAUUUUGUACACCCCAAAAGUAUCCUCCGCGUGUGCGUGCCAUACAUGUGUGAGUGGGAGAGAGCGAAUGUGAAACUCUUUGAGAAACAUGCAUUUUGGCACAAGACCUAACAUCACACACUUCAUUCACUUUGAGGCCCUGCUUGAACCUUUAGUUACAGCCUUGUCCUCCAAGAAAAGUUCAAAGGGAAUCCAGACGCCCAUGUUAAGGGUCCCUUGAGUUCUUUUACUGUAAACAAACGAUGCCUUAAAUCGUGUCUUGUUUUCUGUUCCUGUGGGUGCUAUUCAUCUGGACAGCCUGCUCCCUGGGUCCCAGGCCCUCCUGGAGCCGUGUUGCUGUCAGCCCUCCUGAGGCAGAAUCUGGCUCAGGGCUGUGGACUGGGCACUAGCUAGCCUGCUUGCUUCUUCCUCUGUGCUCUCUUGCCAGAGCCCGAGGCCCUCAUCUCACCUGCUGCUGCCACCAUGCUGACAUGGGAAGUUGUGGCCUUUUCUCCCAGAAGCUCAAAGGCCAUGCGCUCACAGGGAUCAGCAAUUGGUGGUAUAGAAGUCACUCUGUUCCAAGUUCCCCCACAGGGCAAGCUUUUGCUCCCGUCAUCCCAUCCCUUUGUCUCCACUGCCAGGGCAGGCCACCCCAGGAUUCCUGAUCAUGCAGGGAGCUGAGUGACAUGGAGGCCUUGAGCUCUCUGCCCCCAAAUGCAGUCACCAGCAAGUUCUCCAUCAUCCAAGUUGAAGUGCUAAGUGUUGAUGACAAGGUGAUGAGCACCAAAGCCCUGGGGAGUGAACCAUCCAACUCUGGUGUUAAGAGCUCUUCCCAUGAAGGACGAUCGUUAUCUGUCACCUUUUGUCAUACAUAAAGCAAUUUUCAUUUUGCA